UACAGGGUUGUCACAAAUUUUGGCACACCGUGAAGUUGUUGCUGAUAAGUUGGGUAACCACAAUUUUAUAAGGAUUAGUGGGACCCGAUACCCAAGAAUGAGGUGUCUUUUAAUUAUAGUUUUGUUGGGGUUGGCCAGUGCCGCAUUCGCACAACACUUUGGGAAAUACGGAAAGUGGCGCCAUUGGAAAAAACCAAAAUGGCAGCCCCCUAGAAUCAAAAAUCGUAUAGUUCCAGUUCCUGUCCACGUGCCAGUUCACAAACCUUACCCAGUUGUGCGAUAUGUACCAGUGAGAGUCGUGCAGCACGUGCCUGUCGAGGUAGUCAGGAAGGUCAAAGUACCACAACCAUACCCAGUUGUACAGAAGGUCCCUGUCCCAGUUGUGAGAACUGUAGAAAGAAAGGUCCCAUACCCAGUUCACAGACCAUACCCAGUUCCGGUAGAGAAGAAAGUCCCAGUACCAGUUCACGUUCCAGUGCCUGUUCAUGUACCGAAACCAUACCCAGUUAAGGUCGUCAAAAACGUACCAGUCCAUAUUCCUGUGAGAGUACCAGUACCAGUACCUAAGCCGGUUCACAUUGUCCACAAACAGAAGGUACCAGUCGCAGUUCCCGUACCGAAACCAGUCUAUGUUGAGAGAAAGGUAGCUGUGCCCGUUCCCAAACCAUACCCAGUCGAAAAACCAUACCCAGUGCAUGUGAGAGUACCAGUACCAAAACCUUACCCAGUUCAAGUUAAAGUUCCAGUACCAAAACCAUAUCCAGUUGUUGUUGAAAGGAAAGUAAACGUUCCAGUCCAUGUCCCAGUACAUAUUCCUGUAAAACACAAGGUGCCGGUACCAGUACCAGUAAUUAAGGAGAGGCCAGUUCCUUAUCCAGUGAAAGUUGGAGUACCUGUUCCGAAGCCAUACCCAGUGAUCCAGAGGGUUGCUUUUCCUGUGAAACAGCCAUACCCAGUACCGGUAAAAACACCAGUUGCAGUUCCAGUUGAACGCAAAGUGAAAGUGCCUGUACCAGUCGAACGAAAAGUUCCUUACCCAGUCCACGUUCCCGUUCCAGUUAAGCAACCAGUCCCUGUUCACGUAGUACAAAAGGUCAAAGUUCCGGUAAAGGUACCAUACCCAGUGCCCGUUCCACAGAAGAAAGUGCCAAUGCCACCGCCAAAGAAGUUUCGACGUCCGAAAAAAUGGUAAAUGCUGACAGAAACAGAAAUAGUUUCAAAUGGUUUCCGUGACAUCCAAAAUUAAUUGCGAGGAGCGGGGGUAUUAAGCUUUUUAGAUAAAAUUCCGUCGUCAUGGCUUUGACGUCGUAUCACUGUUGCAAUGAUUUUAUUUCGAAAUUAUUUCGUAUCACUUCGUAGGAUCUGUAAGCAUUUUGUUCAAAUUUACUCAUCGUUUUAUGAGAUUCUAUACUGUUUUAGUUUUUAGUUUCUUACUGCUAUGUUUGUAUUGUGCUUAUGCGUGUCUUUGCAUCUAAAUCACACCUUGUGAUGUCCGUUUUGGUGUCUGUGACGUCAUCAUAUCUUGUGAUGUCAGAUUUGAUGUCUGUGACGUCAUCAUGAGGCCAUUAGUUUGUUAAAUGAUUAAUUAGACUACACUAAAAUAGUAUUAGACUUUUAUCACAUAUUGACAUAAUAUAUAUUUUAUCAGUUUAGCAUAAUCCAAUAACAAAAAUGGCAACGGUCGAUAUUAGUUUAUCUUGUCAAAGCCAAUAAGAUUCUGUUUUAUGUCGGUUCGUGAUUAGAAAAUGAUAUAAGUGAUUAGAAUAAGCAUACGAUAUAUAUGUCUAGACGAUGGAAUAUUACUGUUAUCUAUUGAAUAAAAUCUAGAUUUUGAA